ACAGAGACCAAGACGGCCUCCGUUUCCUCGCCUGGUAUGUCUCGCUUUGAUGACGCGAGAGGCCAGUAGGGGGCGCUGACUCGGAGCUGACGCGACUUCCGGUGGAGUGACCCGGCGAGUGUGACAGAUCUCUAGUUGGAGACAGAGGUGGAGGAGGAGGACUGAAGAGGACCUGUCCUUACGGUGUUUCAUUUAAUGUCUCAGAAGUGAAGGGCAGAUUAUAACUGUGUCCAACUGGAAGGCAUCUUUGAAGAAGCUGGUUGGAGUUUGUGAGCUUCUCACGUUCAGCUGACCUAUGAAAUGGCAGAGAAUGGCACUGAUUGUGAACAGAGGCGUGUUGGACUGGCUAAAGAGCAACACAACGGGAGCUUCACAGAUUCCAGUUUCCUGAACGAGAAGAAAAGGAGAGACCGCGAAGAGCGACAGAGUAUUGUUCUCUGGAGGAAGCCAUUCAUUACCUUGCAGUAUUUUUUCCUUGAAACCUUGAUAAACUUGAAGGAGUGGAGCUUAAAAUUAUGGCAACGUCGUGGGAUGGGAGGCUCACUAUUGCUCCUGCUUUCAGUUCUUACAAUAGCGUAUUAUAUUGAAGGAGAACAUCAACAGUAUGUACAGUAUGUUGAAAAGAGAAAUUUUUUAUGGUGUGCCUACUGGGUAGGCUUAGGCAUUCUGUCCUCUGUGGACUAGGAACAGGUCCUACACACCUUCCUUCUAUAUUUGGGUCCACACAUAGCUUCUGUGACACUUGCUGCUUAUGAAUGUAAUUCGGUUAAUUUUCCUGAACCUCCAUAUCCAGAUGAAAUUAUAUGUCCAGAUGAAGAAGCUGUAGAAGGAGGCAUUUCCUUAUGGGUGAUCAUCUCCAAAGUCAGACUGGAAGCCUGCAUGUGGGGUGCUGGCACUGCUAUCGGUGAACUGCCACCAUACUUCAUGGCCAGAGCAGCCCGUCUGUCAGGGGCAGAACCUGAUGAUGAGGAGUAUGAGGAAUUUGAGGAGAUGUUGGAACAUGCCCAGACAGCACAGGACUUUGCCUCACGCGCCAAGCUUGCAGUUCAAAAUCUUGUGCAGAAGGUUGGAUUUCUAGGGAUCUUGGCCUGUGCUUCAAUUCCAAAUCCAUUGUUUGAUCUGGCAGGAAUAACAUGUGGGCAUUUUCUUGUGCCCUUCUGGACUUUCUUUGGAGCCACUCUAAUUGGCAAAGCAAUAAUUAAAAUGCACAUUCAGAAGCUCUUUGUUAUCAUAACUUUCAGUAAGCACAUCGUGGAGCAGAUGGUGUCUUUAAUCGGGGCUGUUCCAAGUAUCGGACCUUCCAUACAAAAACCCUUCCAAGAAUAUCUGGAGGCUCAACGGAAGAAGCUUCACCACAAAACAGAGGCAGGAGCCCCGCAGAGUGAAAACUGGUUAUCGUGGGCGUUUGAGAAGCUGGUAAUCGUUAUGGUGAUUUAUUUUGUUCUUUCCAUCAUCAACUCCAUGGCACAGAGCUACGCCAAGCGUGUCCAACAGAAAAAGUUAUCUGUUGAGAAGACAAAAUAAGGGGAUGCACUCUGGGAUUAACUGGGAGGGUGAUAAAAGACAUAAUGCUACUAAACAGAACCUCAGUUGACCUGAUUUAACCGUUAAAUACAAAUCGGCGAAUUAAACUUUGGACAUUUUUAAAACAAAAUCUUUUUUUUUUCAAAAUCGUAUUAAAUUAUUUUUUUUUUUCUAAUUUUUCUUUUUCACGAUAUAAAAUGUUAACAGUUUAUGUGGAUAAGAGAUGUCUGUGUGGCAAAGUAAGGUAAAGUUUACUCUAUUUCCACCUUCUUCUUCUGGUGAAUGACUACUUUUUCUUUUUUCCUCCUAGUUCACAUCCUCCUGUGGCUCUUCAGCUACUGGGACUCUACCAACACUUGCAUGGUUUACCAACCUGUGGCUGGCAUGCAGGAUUGUGGUUCAGCAGUAACUGAACAGCCACACUGACUAUCUUUGCUUGAUCUCCUAUAAUGGAAGCACACCGGGGGUUUUGCAGAGCAUUACCUUAUGGGCUAUACUAGUUGGUGUGGAGUCUUGGCAGAUACCCGUGUCCUGGACUGGAUGACCAAUAUGCACUGUUAUUUUUGUCUCUGAUACUUAUUUAGUGUUGGGAAAGAUUAGUGCAUUGCUGUGCAUUGUGCUACCAGACUUAAGGGACUCCUUUACGGUUAAGAUUUUCUUGUCUACCUUCUGUAAGUAGGCAUUGCCUACGAUGCAAUGUCUACCCUAAACUGUGUGGAGAGGUUUCUGGAUAAGGUACUGACUCCAUGAUCAUCACACCAGCAUUAAGUAUUUCUUUGGGACAGAGUACAGUAAUAGUUAAUGUUUGCAUGUCUGCAGCUCCAUUGGACUCUCUCACUACAGAAAUCUUGACUUUAGAUAUAUAAAAAGAUAUAUGGAAUGAUGGGAGUGCUGACUAGCAAUACAACAUACUCAAAGAAAUAUUUUGUCUGGUGGGGUUUGUAGUCUAUACAGUUUGCCCUUACAGUCCGAGACAAACUGCUUAUUGAAACCAAUGCACACUGUUAAUAACCGUCCAGUUCUUUACAACUGACAACAUUCAUUUUUGUUUUUUAUUCUGUGUAUAUAUAAUGGAAAGUUGAAACUGAACUUUAUAAAGCCACCUUUGAUCAUUC